AUUGUGUCAAAAACUGUGCUUUGAACCAUUCGUACAUAUAGCUACAAAAAGUUAUUCAUAUGUUUUCCAGGUAUUGAUUUCUGCAUGCACUACAUUGACUGUAUGACACAUAAGACCGCUCAGAUUAUCGUAGGGAGGAGGUCUGGGUGUAUGGGGGGUCGUAAAAUAUGACCUCAAGCGGGGAGCUGUGUCCCAGGAGAAGAGAGGGCCAGUGUUUUUAUCCAAACUACCAUAUUUUUUUCUAAUCCUAACUAGUCAUUUUGGUCUCUAAACUUAACUGUCAUCGCCGCAUUACGGCCACCUUUUGUCAGCUAAACUCAACUGCAAUGGCCUCUGAAACCACCGUCACCCCACGCUGCCCUGUACACAGCUCACAGUCAACGUUUCUAGGCUAAAUUUAACUGCAAAGACAGCUAAACUUAACUGUAACGUAAAUAGGAUAGCAUUCAAAUUGUUGUGCAUAAGUUUUCGUACGAUAUCAUCUGAACCCAUUCAUAAGAAUGCGUUGAACUUUACAUCAUUCAUGUAUCAUCAUCAUAUUGAAUAUUUAUGUUUUCUAAAAGCCAAGUGAACCAGGAGAGACCAGACCCACCUGGACCUACCUGUGUUUCUGUGAAGAGAAUCAGGUCUAUAAGUGACCCUGUUGCUUUGAAUAAUGGAAGUCUGACUGUUGAGCAAAUGAUGAACCAAGUGGAGCAGAAGAGCCCACCAGACAAACGAGUUCCCAGCUGUGUGUUGAUGAAGAGUGGCCGGUCUAUGAGUGAACCUAUCGAGUUCCAGGAUGGAGACCAUUCUGAUAAUCAAAUCCCAGUGAAGCAGAAGACACCACCAGACAAACAUUUUCUCAAAUGUCUGUUGAUGAAGAGUAGCCGGUCUAUGAGUAAACCUAUCGAGUUCCAGGAUUCCAGAGGUCACCGGAAGAGGUCAAAGGUUCUUAGUAGUCGUCCUGCCCAGAAGCAUCAGAAGAACUUGGACUCUAUUUUCAUGGUUCUUGAAGAGAACAUUGUGACUUUUGUGAAGAACGAGCUGAAGAAGUUCAAGAAAGUUCUAGAAAGUUCAGAACACUCAGAGGGGCUGAAUGAAGACGAUGAAGUCAUGGAAAGUGAAGAAGAAGAGCAGAGAAGAAGCAACAGAGAAGUAUUUAUGAAGCUCACACUGAACUUCCUGAGGAACAUGAAGCAGGAGCAGUUGGCUGACUACCUGCAAAGCAAAACCCUUGCUGCAAUUUGCCAACGUAAACUAAAGUCUAGAAUGAAGAACACGUUUCAGUGUUUGUUCGAGGGGAUUGCCAGAGCAGGAAACCCAACACUUCUGAAUCGGACCUACACAGAACUCUACAUGAAAGAGGAACAGAGUGGAGAGGCGAAUGAACAACAUGAGGUCAGACAGAUAGAAACAGCACCCCAAAAGCCGACAAGUUCAGAAACAACAAUCAGAAUUGAGGAUAUAUUUAAACCGAUACCUGGACGAGAUGAACCAGUCAGAACUCUAGUGACAAAGGGAGUGGCUGGCAUUGGGAAAACAGUCUUGACGCAGAAGUACAUCCUGGACUGGGCUGAAGACAAAGCCAACCACAGUAUACAGUUUAUCUUUCCAUUCACUUUCCGAGAGCUCAAUUUGCUGAAAGGAGAAAAGUACAGCUUGGUGGAACUUCUUCAUCACGUCUUUACUGAAACCAAAGAAGCAGGAAUCUGCAGGUUUGAAAAGUUCCAGGUUGUGUUCAUCUUUGACGGUCUGGACGAGUGUCGACUUCCGCUGGACUUCCACAAGAAUGAGAUCCUGACUGAUGUUACAGAGUCAACUUCAGUCGACGUGCUGCUGACAAACCUAAUUAGAGGUAAACUGCUUCCGUCUGCUCGCCUCUGGAUAACUACACGACCUGCAGCAGCCAGUCAGAUCCCUCCUGAGUGUGUUGACAUGGUGACAGAGGUGAGAGGGUUCAGUGACACGCAGAAGGAGGAGUACUUCAGGAGGAGAUACACAGAUGAAGAGCAUGCCGAUAGAAUCAUCUCCCACAUCCAGGCAUCACGAAGCCUCCACAUCAUGUGCCACAUUCCAGUCUUCUGCUGGAUCACUGCGACAGUUCUGGACCAUGUGUUGAAAACCACUGAGAGAGCAGAGCUGCCCAAGACCCUGACUGAGAUGUACAUCCACUUCCUGUUGGUUCAGACCAAACAGGGGAAUGUAAAGUAUCACAGCAGUGCAGUGACAGAUCCAGUCUGGAACACAGAGACCGAGAAGAUAAUUCUCACUCUCGGAAAACUGGCUUUUGAGCAGCUGGAGAAAGGAAAUCUGAUCUUCUAUGAAGCAGACCUGAAAGAGUGUGGCAUUGACAUAACAGCUGCCUCCGUCUACUCAGGACUAUUCACAGAGAUCUUCAAAGAUGUGCGUGGGCUGAACAUCGACAAGGUGUUCUGCUUUGUCCAUCUGAGCGUUCAAGAGUUUCUGGCUGCACUCUAUGUCUAUCUGAUGUACAUCAACACUGGCGUUGAUAAACUAAAAAGAAGAAGAGGGCGAUCAAACUUUAAACACCUCUACCAAAGGGCAAUAGACAAGGCUUUAGCGAGUCCAAAUGGACACCUGGACUUGUUUGUCCGCUUCCUCCUGGGCCUUUCACUGGAGACCAAUCAGAUUCUCCUACGAGGCCUGCUGAAAACGACAGGAAGUAAACAAGGGGUCAAAGAGAUGCUAGUGCAGUACAUCAAGAAGAAGAUCAGGGACAAUCCUCCAGAGAAGAGCAUCAAUCUGUUCCACUGUCUGAAUGAGCUAAAUGACCAUUCUCUAGAGAAGGAGAUCCAACAGUACCUGAGAUCAGGAAUUUCCUUUGGAGACAAACUCUCUCCUUCUCAGUGGUCAGCGCUUGUCUUCAUCUUACUGUCAUCACAAAAAGAUCUAGACGUGUUCGACUUAAGGAAAUUCUUUGCUUCCGAGGAGGGUUUUCUGAAGCUGCUGCCAGUGGUCAAAGCAUCCAAAACAGCUCUAUUAAGUGGCUGUAACCUCUCAUCUAAAAGCGCUGAAGCUCUGGCCUCAGUUCUCAUCUCCAAGAACUCUUUGAGAGAGCUGGAUCUGAGUAACAAUGACCUGCAGGAUACAGGAGUGAAGGCGCUCUCAUAUGGACUUAGAAGUCUACACUGUAAACUGGAAAGUCUCUGCCUGUCAGGCUGUCUGGUCACAGAGAAAGGCUGUGCUGAUUUGGCUUCAGCUCUGAAGUCCAAUCCCUCCCACCUGAGAGAGCUGGACCUGAGCUUCAACCAUCCAGGAGACUCAGGAGUGACGCUGCUGCGUAAUGGACUAGAUGACCCACAAUGGAAACUGGAAACUCUCAAGAUUGAUCAUGGUGGGAAGCGUCGACUAAACUCAUCGCCCCUCAGAUAUAUCUGUAAGCUUUUACUGGACCCAAACACAGCACACAGAAACCUCUCAGUGUCUGACGACAACAGACGAGUGAUGGUGGUGAAGGAGAAUCAACCGUAUCCUGAUUAUCCAGAGAGAUUUGACAGCUGGAAACAGCUGUUGUGUAGCGAGGGUCUGAAUGGGCGCUGUUACUGGGAGGUCCGGUUUGAAGGAACGGUUCAUGUAGGAGUGACAUACAGAGGAAUCAACAGGAGAGGAGACAGUGAUGUCUGCUGUUUUGGAUGGAAUGAUCAGUCCUGGAGUCUGCUUUGCACCACUAAGAGUUACACUGCUUGGCACAAUAACACACCAACAGACAUAGCUACACUCCCGCCCUCUGACUCCAACAGAGUAGCAGUGUAUCUGGACUGGCCUGCUGGCACUGUGUCUUUUUACUGUCUCCCCUCCAUCGUCUCUUCGAUCAAACAGAUCCACCUCCACACCUUCCACUCCACAUUCACUGAACCCCUCUACCCUGCGUUUGGGUUUGGACGAAUGCACAAGUUAGGGACUGACUCAAGAUUUUUACCAUCAUCAGUUUAUCUGUCACAGUUUGAAGAAUGAAUGUUGCCUCCUGUGUAGAACAGGGGUUCCUAAACUGGUGGUGCUUAAGACAAUACGUUAAGAAGUAGAAAUAGUGACUGUUAGAGCAAGUGAUGGACAGACAGAGCUUAAAGAAAUACUGAAUCAUAUCAGCUCGCAACACAGAUGAGACCAACAGACCUGAGCCACUUAAAACAAGUGAAAUAAGACUGCAAAGCAAAACCUCCUCUGCUAAUGGCUUUUUGUGGAAGCAAAAUGCUUGCUGUCCUAAAAUAUCACUCUUUAGCAAAGAUAUUGACUAGAAUCUGCAGUUUGGCACAUACCUCGGUUUUGGGGUCACAGUUCAAACCCAAAACAAAAGCAACGCAGAAGAUUACGUUUUUCUCAUUUAUUUUGUAAAUGUAAAUAGUAAAAGCUGGCUCCCAUGCUGUAAUUAUGGUCAUAAAAACCAAAAAACUUCAACAACCCCUCGACAUGGGCCGGCAGACCUGAGCCAAUCAAAAGAACUGAAAUCUGACUGUACAGCAAAAGCUACUUGGCUUGCAGCACUACUACUAAUGCAGCAAUGACAAAGCUCAGGAGACCUCUCAACACAAACAUCUCUGUUAAGCAAAGAUAUAAACGCGAAGAAGAGAGAUGGAUGUUAUGUUUUUUUUGUCAUUGAAAACUUAAAAUGUAAGCUAUUUUUACAUAAAUACAUUUAACCAUUAACAUUGUAGCUAUUAGCAUACUUAAUUUUUAUUUUUUGUUCAGUUUAAGUUCAAUAUUUAUCUACAAAUCUGCACAUAAACAUAAAACUGAUGACUAAGUGAUUAAAUAUAUAAACCUUAAUUAUUAAUCUUGAUAUUGAUUGAUAAGUUAUACAAAUAGAAGGAAAAGGUGACAUUAGCACAAACAGUAUACCCACCCAGGACCCAAAUUAAGGUUUUAGAUUUUCAUCGUAUUAUUCUUUAAUUUUAAAAUAUGUUUAACUCAUAUUUAUUAUCUAUUCUGUAUCUUUAUGGAGUGUUCUUUGUGUUUAUUUUUAAAAUCUUUUUGUCUCACUGCUGCACAAUAUAUUGUCCGUUGUAAAUAAAGUGACUGAUUGAUUAAAGCUGGAUUUUUUUUGCAGUCAUUGGGCAAAAAUCCCAUAA